AAGCGUGAGGCAGCCUGAUCGAGGGGUGGACGCAGGAGGAGAAGGACGGAGGAGAGGACAUGUUCGCAGGAUGGGAUGGCCGGUAGAGAAGAGAAAAGUCUAGGGAAAGGCCGAAACAAAGCUCCAGGAUGUUGGAAGACGAAGGUUUGGAGAAAGAGCAAUGACGGUAACCCAGAAAGUCGGAUGAGAAAACAGAGAGUGGGGGUGGAGCAGGUUGAGAAAUGGGUCCACAUGUGACAGCAGGACUGACUUGGAGAGAGAAGUGUUUUUAAAAGAGUGUCUGGGAAGGAGGGGGAGAGCAUAUCCUUCUCUCUGUCCCUGCAGCCAGGCUGAAUCAGAGCCAGGAAAAGGGGAAGGGCCUCCAUCUCCUGCUAUCCAGCUGACAAAAACAGCUGCCCAGGAGCUUGAGCUGGAGCCCGUUCAGAGGAGCAGGGGACAGAGAUCGAGCGGAAGCAAGAGGAGGGAGGACAGGAGGUGGACAACGUCCCGGACACUUCCUCCUACAUGGGUUGCGUCCUGAGCUCCGACUGGUGCGGGGUGGAAGAGGUGCAACCUGUGCCGGUGGUCCGUAACCAGUCAGUGAAGAGAAGGAGCUUGGACAGAAGGGACAGUGGCAGGAUGAGACUCGUGAAGGCGGGGAAGGGAGAACCCCACGCCUUCAAGGAGAAAACCUUCAAGAAGAAGAGGCAGUGCAGCGUCUGUCACCAGAACAUCGACAACAUCGGCUCCUUCUGCAGAGGAUGUAAGACAGCAUCUCACAGGAAGUGUGAGGCAAAGGUGACCUCUCCAUGCAUCCCUGCUCCUUCCAAUGACCUGCAACGCAGAGGGACGACUCCAUCACGACACAUCCAACACAUGGGUUCCACAAAGUCUCUGACUUACACCAAGCAGCGAAACACGCUACCAAGGAGCUUCAGCGUGGAUCGAGUGAUGGAGCGCGUGAUGGAGCGCCACUACGACUUCGACCUGACCUACAUCACAGAGAGGAUCAUCUCCGUCUUCUUCCCUCCGAAGUUGGAGGAGCAGCGGUACCGGCUGAACGUGAAGGAAGUGGCCGCCAUGCUCAAGUCCAAACAUCAAGAUAAAUUUCUGCUGCUGAACCUCUCGGAGCGGCGCCACGACAUCAGCCGGCUCAACACCAAGGUUCACGACUUCGGCUGGCCCGACCUCCAUGCCCCGCCACUGGAUAAGAUCUGUGCCAUAUGCAAAGCCAUGGAGACGUGGCUGACCUCCGAUCCCCAGCACGUGGUGGUCUUGCACUGCAAGGGCAACAAAGGAAAAACCGGAGUGAUCGUCGCUGCCUACAUGCACUACAGCAAGAUCUCUGCAGGGGCGGACCAGGCGCUUAGCACUCUGGCCAUGAGGAAGUUCUGCGAAGAUAAAGUGUCUUCUUCCCUUCAGCCAUCUCAAAACAGAUACAUCUACUAUUUCGGGGGCCUCCUCUCGGGGGCCAUCAAGAUGAACAGCAGCCCUCUCUUCCUCCACCAAGUUCUCAUCCCUUCACUCCCCAACUUCCAGGGCGAAGGAGGAUACUUUCCCUUCCUGAAGAUCUACCAGUCCAUGCAGCUGGUCUACACUUCAGGCAUCUAUGACCUUCAAGGCACAGGGGGGCGGCGGCUGUGUGUGACUAUUGAACCAGCCCUGCUGCUGAAGGGGGACAUCAUGGUCAAGUGUUACCACAGGCGCGCUCAGAGUGCGCACAGAGACACGGUGUUUCGGCUGCAGUUCCACACCUGCACCGUUCACGGAGCCCAGCUCUGGUUUGGCAAGGGAGAGCUGGACGACGCCUGCACCGAUGAACGUUUUCCCUCUGAUGCGACAGUGGAGUUUGUCUUCUCCUCUGGACCUGAACGAGCCAAAGGGCGUGAAUACCAAAAGAACGACCCGGCUGUUACUGUGGACUACAACACUGCCGACCCGGUGGUGCGAUGGGAUUCUUACGAGAACUUCAACCAGCGGUACCAGGACAGUCUAGAAGACAUCGCUCACACCAGAGGCCCUGUUGAUGGAAGCCUCUAUGCUCAGAUCAAGAAGCGGCGCGGCCCGGGUUCUGGCUCUCUGACUUCAACCAAUGGCAGCAGCCCUGGACCUCCAGAGGACAGACCUGAUCACAUCAGCCCGCAUCGUUCAGAAUCCACGCUAUCAAACCAUUCCAUGAAUUUGAACCAGUCACCGUUUCACCCCGACCACCAGGAGGAGCCAGUGCGCCCACCUCCUCCCACACGACAGGAACGAGAAGAACUGGAGCGACUCCUGGGAGGCAUAGAGGGCAACCGGGACGCGGAACGUGAGACCGCCAUCCUGGACGAUGGGGAUUCGUUGCCGUCGGAGCGAACUGGGACGCUGAGACUGAGUCGGUCGUGCUCCUGCAGGGAUGGUUAUCGCUCGCAGCGCUGUGCAGAGCCUGGCUGCGACCGCACCCUCCUCAUGCCCAACGGUUACUGCCUGGACCGGGCUCCAGGUAUCAAUGGUCACCACGGGGCAACACCUUCGACCAGCCCCAAAACAGCUGCCCCUCCCUCUCACAUCGACCUAUGCCAACACUACAGUCCACACCAGUCACUUCCACCUCCGGACCUAGUGUGGGACCGACACACCAGAUGCUCUGAAGCUCCCUCUCUGCGUCAUCUCUGCCCCUACCCCUCACCAGACCUGCCACACUCCCAUAGCCCCCAUCAUCACCCGCUGUCUGCACCGCCACGCUUGUGUUGUCGAGAGGAGGACUACAGCCCCUACCACCACUCCCCUCCGCCUCAUAGCCACCAUCACCCGUACCCACAUCACCCAAAACCCUCCAACAACCCACCCUAUCACGAUGUAGUGCUGAUGGACGGGGUCUCGUCCGCUGGCUGUCCUUGCAGGGACUGCAGCAUCAGAAGAGAAGACUCAGCAGGAUAUCAUUCCAUCAGGCUGGAUCGAGGCGACAGCUUCCACUGGGACAGGGAGGCAGAGCUCCAUCAGAGAGAGGUGGGGCUGAGGAGAGCCAGAGAGGCCGCCUCGGACCUUCCAUGGGAGAGAGACCCAGGACUUAGGCGAGGUCGAGAUCUGCCUCUACACUGGGAGCGCGACAGGGAGGCGGAGCUCCAGUGGGAGAGGGACAGGGAGGCAGACUAUUGGCAUAGGAGGGAGGCCAUAGGAUCAUUUGGCCCACAGGGUCAUGACUUACCCUCCUUUACCUUUGACCCAUUGCCAUCGGGCCACCCUGCGUACCCAGAGGCCUCACGUUCUCAUGCCCAUUCCCACCUGGACCUGAAGUACAGCAGCAGCAGCAGCGGGUACCAAACACCCCACCAGGUCUGCCCAUGUUCUCCGUACCAACCCUCACCCUCGGAAAGUCGAGGCUAUGCCUCCGGCUACCAGUCUGAGUCCACUUCCCCUCUGCCUCCUGCCUCCUGCAUGUCAGGUCCGUGCAGCCACAGUAACGGCCCAGUGGAGCACAACCCCCACCACCAUCACCAGGCAGAUGCACACUCAUGCAACUGUGACUCACACACAGAGGGACUCCGCAGUUCCAGUGACAGCGUGGGCUGGAGGGAUCACAUCCCCCACGGUUCCUUUAAGAGGGUCCACAAAGACGGCCAAGCUGCCUGCUCCACACCGUCCGACAUGUCUGGACCACCCACCCCGGUCCACACCAGUAGUCCUCUGCGUACGCAAGAGAGUCCGAGCCCAGGAGGGAGAGAGUAUGAGAUCCGGACCACGGACAUCAUCGGCAGUGACGGCGAGGGCUCGCAGCCCACAGAGCCAGAGUCCUCAGACACUCGCACCCACAACCACUGCACUGCCUUGACAGACUCUCCGAAACAGAUCCUACAGCAGCACUGCAGCUCCAGUACACUGUCACCCCGGUCCUCACAAGACUCUGGGACAUCUGGUCAGGAGAACCCCCAGCACUCACCACCAGUGCACCAACCGUGUCCACUCACCGUUCGGCAGUCCGACCCGGCCGAGGCUGCUGUCGUGCCUUCUACUGUGACUCAUGCUGAACCCCAGGGUCUGGCCCAGACUCCAGACUCCAGUAAAUCCCCCAAGCCCACCUCGCCCCCCGCCUCCAGAAGCGUGCCUACCUCUCCGACCAGAGCUUCAGGAGACUGCACAGACGGCUGUGCCCCGGCCGAAAUCCCAGUUCCAGGCUUCGCCACCUUGGGUAGAAGACUGAUGCUGACUGGGCCUGAUCCUCAGAACCACGCACACGGGCACCCCCCGGCUUCUGACAUUCACCGGAGGCAUUGCUUCUCCCCUCACUCUCCACAGCUGCACCCCAACUACUCCACCAUCUCCAUCCCUCUACCGCACCCCCAGCCACCUGUGCCGGAGAAGAGAGCGGCUCUGCCGGGUCCACCCAGCGACGGGGCGAGGCCCGGGUCCAGCAGCAGCACACAGCUUCACGUCACCUUCUCGCCCACCGUGGGGGAGAUAGCCCCGCCCCCCACUGAGUCAGAGGAAGUGGAGCCCGAGGAUGGAAGCAGGGUCAGUGUGAAGUUUGUGCAGGACAGUUCCAGGUUCUGGUACAAGCCCGGAAUCUCCCGAGAGCAAGCUAUCAGAGCUCUGAAGGAGCGGGAGCCAGGGAACUUCCUCAUCCGGGACAGCAACUCCUUCCAGGGUGCCUAUGGUUUGGCUCUGAAGGUGGCGACUCCUCCUCCAAACGUCAGCUCCCACAGCAGCAAAGGUGCCCCCAUGUCCUUUCUCUGCCAAAGUUUAUCUGGCAUUACCUUCAGUGGUCCUGCUGCAGGGGCGGAUCCUCUGGACCAGCUGGUCAGGCACUUCCUGAUAGAGACCGGCCCUCGCGGUGUCAAGAUUAAAGGCUGUCAGAAUGAGCCGUAUUUCGGGAGUCUGUCAGCGUUGGUCUACCAGCACGCCAUCACGCCCAUCUCCCUGCCCUGCGCCCUGAAGAUCCUGGAGAAAGAUCUGAUCGGCGACGUGCAGGAAGCCCAAGCGGUCAACAACGUUAGCACGGCGGCCGACUUGCUGAAGCAAGGAGCAGCUUGUAACGUCCUCUUCCUGAACUCUGUGGAGACCGAAUCCCUGACCGGCCCGCAGGCCAUCGCCAAGGCGACCGACGCUACGUUCGGCCGGAGCCCACGGCCCUCGGCGACCGUGGUCCAGUUCAAGGUCACAUCGCAGGGCAUCACGCUGACUGACAGCCAGCGCAGGGUUUUCUUUCGAAGGCAUUACCCGGUGAACAGUGUGACCUUCAGCAGCGUCGACCCAAAAGACAGGAGGUGGACUAACUCAGAUUCUUCUGCCUUUAAGAUCUUUGGUUUCGUAGCGAAGAAGCCCGGCAGCUCAGCUGAGAACGUCUGCCAUCUGUUCGCGGAGCUGGACCCAGAACAACCGGCCCUGGCCAUUGUCAACUUCAUCAACAAAGUCAUGUUGUCACAGCGCCGGUAGACGGCAGCACAGAAUGUCCCGGGAAAAAAAAGCAAGAACACGGUCCUCAUCCUGCACCCGGACCGUUACUUGCCUUCGUGUGUAUUGAAGUUGGUGAUGAGAGAAGGAAAAGAAACCAGCGAAACAUUGUGACCACGAGCCUCGUCGUGUCAUUGUUGGGUUUUUUUUGGAAAGACCCAGGACACUGUUGGCCUCAGUCUUUGCUCAGAAGAGCUGAGGGUGUCCUCGAGGGAGAAUCAGUCCAUUAACCACCUUCACUAAUGUCAUUCCUGCAUUUCUUCCAUUGCAGCUGUUCAUAGGAAACGAGUGUGAACCAAGUAAACAUCACACAACACCCACAAAAGUGCAAUAAUAAGCUGCUUUCACCGGUGAAAAAGUCAUGAAGGGGUCAAAUAAAACUCUGCAUCAAAUUCAAAUUCAGAAGCAAGUCAGAACAGUUUUCACGUCCAGACCCCUGGUGUCCCAUCACCCGGGGCAAAAGCUUUCUUUGCACUGAAGACUUCACUUCUAACAAACCAUUGACAGACGUUUAGUAUCGUCCAUGUUCCUUGUUGGAAAACUAACUCGAACGUCGUGCAGCUCACUGACCUCCAGAAAGGACAAUCAUGUGACUAAAGGAAGAGAAAAGUCGGACAGAUGAGAGUGAAGAGGAACGUUGUGCUGACUCGUGUGUGCAUGUGAAGGAAAGCAUAUGCAGUGAAAGGCUGUAGAAAAGUCGGCGACGUGGUUUUAAGGGGUUUGUUCACUGCUGCACAUCCAGCAGUUGCACGCACACACACACACACACGGACAGUGGCGAACCAAAGAUGACGCACUCUUGCAUUAAUAAGCUUUUUAUCCAGCUCUAUUUUUGUACUUGCUCCCUGUAUUUUUACUCUGCAUUUAUUUAGUGUUAGAGAAACACAGCGAUAAUAUAUUCCAGUAAUGUCCAUCUCAUGUAGUAAUAUAUUUCCACACGCAGCUAUAUAGGACCUUUGUAUGCAGCCGUACACAUGUUAUUUUGUAUGCAAGACGAUGGAAUUAAACAUAACUGAUGUGGUACACAA